GUGUUUCUUUCCAACCGCACCCUUCAAUUCAAAAACCUUAUCUUAAAACCUCAUCCUCUCUCUCUCUCUCCACCUCUCGUUUCUUGCCACUCUUCCCACUCAAACCUGCAUCACAAAACUGAGAGAUAACGAGUUUUUGAGAGAAAAAAUCUUGAAACAAAACCAAGCAACAUUCAUUUGUUGCCUCUUCCUCCAUUGAUAGCUUUUCUUGCAGAGCUUCGAAAGAGUUGCACAAGACUAUGUCGAGCUCUCAUCUCACAAUGUGGGUAUCCUCAAAACCUUCUCUUUCCGACCCUUCUGGCCUCUCUUCUCGUUCCUUUAUCAGCCCUUUUCAGCUUCCGAGUUCAAACGCUUCCAGCCCUUCUAGAUCAUCGACUUCUACUCAGAUUCAGUGUGGUCUCCGUGAACUUCGUGAUCGUAUUGAUUCUGUGAAGAAUACACAGAAAAUCACUGAGGCCAUGAAGCUUGUGGCCGCUGCCAAGGUGAGAAGGGCACAAGAAGCUGUGGUCAAUGCCAGGCCUUUCUCGGAAACUCUGGUUGGAGUUCUUUACAACAUAAAUGAGCAGCUCCAAACGGAGGAUAUUGAUAUUCCACUUACUAAGGUUAGACCAGUCAAGAAGGUUGCUCUGGUUGUGGUAACCGGUGAUCGUGGGCUCUGUGGUGGAUUCAAUAAUGCAAUCAUCAAAAAGGCUGAGGCUCGUAUUAGAGAGCUCAAGGAACUUGGCCUUGAUUACACUGUGAUCAGUGUUGGUAAGAAGGGAAACUCGUAUUUUAUCCGUAGGCCUUAUAUCCCUGUGGACAAGUUCCUUGAGGGCAGCUCUCUUCCCACUGCUAAAGAAGCCCAGGCGAUUGCGGAUGAUGUUUUCUCGCUGUUUGUAAGUGAAGAGGUUGAUAAGGUUGAGCUUCUGUACACCAAGUUCGUGUCCUUGGUGAAGUCAGAUCCAGUGAUUCACACUUUGCUUCCAUUAUCACCAAAGGGAGAAAUAUGUGAUGUGAAUGGAGUGUGUGUUGAUGCAGCUGAGGAUGAGUUCUUCAGGCUGACAACCAAGGAAGGAAAGUUGACGGUGGAGAGAGAUGUUGUGAGGACUCAGACUGCUGAUUUUUCGCCAAUCUUGCAAUUCGAGCAGGAUCCAGUUCAGAUUCUUGAUGCCCUGCUCCCUCUUUACUUGAACAGUCAAAUUUUGAGGUCACUGCAGGAAUCAUUAGCCAGUGAACUUGCGGCUAGGAUGAGUGCCAUGAGCAAUGCCACUGAUAAUGCCGUGGAGUUGAAGAGAACUUUGUCUAGAAUUUACAAUAGAGAGCGUCAAGCAAAAAUUACUGGAGAGAUUCUGGAGAUUGUUUCUGGAGCCAAUGCUUUGGUCUAAGUAAACUUCCUGAUUUCCUGUUCCCACAUAAUUAUGCUUCCCUACUUUGUGGGCAACAUCGUUUUAUCCUGAUCAUGUUUGUCGUGAAAAGUAAUUCGGCAUAGACACAUCUUGAUUGUGAUUCUCAUCAGCGUACAAACUUAGUGAAAGAUGAGGGCCAUUUAUUUUGUAACAUAAGGACAUCUUCCUUACCUUUAAUAUAUAUAUAUAUAUAUUUUUCCUCCAA